CGCACUCGCCCACACGCACUCGCACCGCCGCCGGCGCGGCUGCGGGCCCGGCUGGCGGAGGGAGGCGGCCACGCCGGGUCACCUUCCCGGCCGCCGGCAUCGGGAAGGGCGCCCUCGCCGCUCUCUCCCCCCCCCCCCCGUCCGUCCGUCCGUCCGUCCGUCCGUCCCUGCGGGCCGUUCCCGCCCCGGGUGAGCGGGUGCCCCGGGCAUGAGCUGCGCCGGGGGGAGCGCCGUCCUCCCUCCCGGGCAGCCGCAGCGAGACCCCGGCGCCCCGCUGGAGCUGCCGGCCGGAGCGGGGGAAGCGAGCGGGGACAGCCCGGAGGACGGAGAGAGCGGCGGCUCGGAGGCGGGGGCCGGCGACGAACCCGAGACCCGCUCGGUGUGCAGCAGCGGGAGCGGCAGCGGCAGCCACCCCGGCGGGGCCGGCCCCAUCUGCAAGAUCUGCUUCCAGGGCCCCGAGCAGGGUGAACUGUUAAAUCCUUGCCGCUGUGAUGGGUCAGUACGGUACACGCAUCAGCUUUGCCUGUUAAAGUGGAUAAGUGAAAGAGGGUCAUGGACCUGUGAACUCUGCUGUUACAGAUACCAUGUUAUAGCAAUUAAAAUGAAAAAGCCUUGCCAGUGGCAAAGCAUUACUAUAACACUGGUUGAGAAAGUGCAGAUGGUUGCUGUAAUCCUAGGAUCUCUGUUCUUAGUAGCAAGUGUGACUUGGCUUCUAUGGUCAGCCUUCAGCCCUUAUGCAGUAUGGCAAAGAAAGGACAUCCUUUUUCAAAUCUGCUAUGGAAUGUAUGGUUUUAUGGAUCUAGUAUGCAUAGGACUGAUAGUACAUGAAGGUGCAUCUGUUUAUCGAGUGUUUAAGCGCUGGAGGGCUGUGAAUCUACACUGGGAUGUGUUAAAUUACGAUAAAGCCACAGACAUAGAAGAGAGCAAUCGAGGAGAAUCCUCCACAGGAAGGACAUUGUGGUUACCACUGACUGCAUUUAGAAACAGAAGUUUAGUUCAUCCAACGCAGUUAACCUCACCAAGAUUUCAGUGUGGCUAUGUAUUGUUACAUCUGUUCAACCGCAUGAGACCUCAGGAAGAUUCGUCAGAGGAUAACGGUUCUGGGGAAGUAGUGAUGAGAGUGACCUCAGUGUAAAGAUUAUGCUCACUGUGCUACACAGAUAAGGAUAACAUGCCCUGAUGUUACAGGACUUCGGAAUGUAGCUACAAUGAAUGGAGAAACCAUUUACACUUGAAAAAGUAUAUACACAUUUUUUAAAAAUUUAAUGCUUUUUAUAUGAUCAGCUAAAACACAAAUACAUU